ACAACUAUAGUUACUAUAUGCUAUAGCCUGUUACUAGGGCAGACCACAAAAUCAAGAACAAUAAAUGCUCCUUCCAUAAACGCAUACGUUAAUAUAUAUUUGAUUUACAACUAAUAAUUUCGUGCUUGAACAAUAUACUCAAAAUCUACACCAAAAAUGGAGACCGCCGCCGUGUUCUCUACCGCCGCCACCGUCGCCACCGUCGCCACCGUCGCCGGCCGUGCCAACGGCGGCCUCCGCUACCCGCUCCUCUCCUUCCCUCCUCCUAACAACAACAAGCAGUUUCGAAAUCAGUUGCGGUUUACUUCGUUGAAUAGUUCUACUACUUACGGCAAUGUUAACGCACGUGCUAUUGAAGUGGCUUCUUCCCUCAGUGUACCAAGUGAGACAGUUGACCUUAACUGGGACAACCUUGGAUUCGGGCUUGUGCACACCGAUUAUAUGUACACCAUGAAAUGUUCUCUAGGGGAAAGCUUUACUAAAGGGGAACUAGUGCCUUUUGGGAACAUAGAGAUCAAUCCAUCUGCUGGAGUCCUCAAUUAUGGCCAAGGAUUAUUUGAAGGUCUAAAAGCAUAUCGGAAGGAAGAUGGUAACAUUUUGCUGUUUCGCCCCGAAGAAAACGCUAAACGGAUGAUGGCAGGGGCAGAGCGUAUGUGUAUGCCUUCUCCUUCUGUUGAUCAGUUUUUGCAAGCUGUUAAAGCCACUGUACUGGCAAAUGAAAGAUGGAUACCCCCUCCUGGCAAAGGUUCCCUGUAUAUACGACCACUGCUUAUGGGAAGUGGAAGUGUACUUGGUCUUGCACCAGCUCCCGAGUAUACUUUUCUCGUUUACGUUUCUCCUGUUGGUAACUAUUUCAAGGAAGGUUUAUCACCAAUAAACUUGGUAGUCGAGACUGAAAUGCAUAGAGCAACCCCUGGAGGUACCGGUGGUGUAAAAACUAUAGGAAACUAUGCUGCGGUACUGAAGGCGCAAGGUGCAGCAAAAGCCAAAGGAUAUUCAGAUGUUUUGUAUCUCGACAGUACGCACAAAAAGUAUUUGGAAGAGGUCUCGUCUUGUAAUAUUUUUGUUGUAAAGGGGAACACUAUAUCCACACCUGACAUAAAAGGGACUAUCCUACCAGGUAUCACAAGAAAGAGUAUUAUUGACGUAGCUCGUGAUCAAGGAUUCGAGGUUUUUGAAAAACCUGUAACAGUGGACGAGUUGCUUGAUGCUGAUGAAGUUUUUUGUACCGGAACCGCUGUGGUGGUGUCCCCUGUGGGUAGCAUAACUUAUCUUGGCAAAAGAGUGACGUAUGGGAAUACUGGCGUAGGACUCGUGUCACAACAACUUUAUUCUGGGUUGACAAGGCUGCAGAUGGGUCUCGCGGAUGACAAAAUGGGUUGGAUUGUUGAACUCAAGUAGUUUCUUCUGUUUUUUGUUCGUUUAUGGUUUGUAGUUUGAUUAUGCAGGUAGUGUCAAUGACUGUUUGUUUAUCUUUAAAGCAAACUGUUUUAUCUUUCACGAGUUGGUGACAUCAUAUGUGUGUUGUUACUUAAGUUAUAAUAGUUUUUUCCACCAAAUAUGCACAAA